GGUAAACAAAUCCAAUUCUAUGGUAAUGGAGAAACCAUACUCAACAAGACUGACAGGGCAAUGAUGGCAGCACAUACAGAUACCAUUGAAACUAUUUUUAAAAAUUUAAGUAAUGAAACCUGGGUGAAUGAAAAGGAAAGAUUAACUAAGAUGGUGUUAGGUAUAAUCGGAGAGACAAGAAUAUGCACAGCAAUCACAGAGUCGAAUAGAAAAGGAUCAAGAUAUGAAAGUGAACUGUAUAAAUGCAAAUAUCUGUAUUACUUCAAUGAUAAUGAGUGUAAGUAUAAAGAGAAAUAUAGAAUUAAAAAUGAUCAAAAUAGCGAUGUGUUUAAUAUGAAUGAGUUAAUAGAGACUAUAGAUAAAAUUUCAGAAGAAAAUUUUGAUAUAUUAGAAUUAAUAAAAUCAUUAUAA